AUGGUGGCAGUACAAGAAUUUAAAUUCAGAAUAUUUUUUCUUUUAGAAUAUGCAGCAAUAAACUCAAUGCUGGACCAGAUCAACUCCUGUUUGGAUCACCUGGAGGAGAAGAAUGACCACCUGCAUGCCCGUUUGAAGGAGCUGCUGGAAUCCAACCGUCAGACUCGUCUGGAGUUCCAGCAGCAGAGUGAAGGACAGAACAUGCAAGAUGUGCAGGGACCACAUGCAGAUGUUUAGUUCUCUCUGUUUGCUGGACACAAACUCAAAUAAUUGGUACUUCUAGUGGAGCAAUGAGUCCCGUGGCACCUUAGAGACUAACAGAUUUAUCUGGACAUAAGCUUUCCUGGGUAAAAACCCACUUCAUUAGAUGCCCAUGAAAGCUUACGCCCAAAUAAAUGUUAGUCUCUAAGGUGCCACAGGAUUUCUCAUUGUUUUGGCAGAUAUGUGGACCUGCUCCAUCAGGCUAUCCCUGAUACUUGCUUCCAAUGGGACCUCCACUAGUUUAAUGUUAAAUUGACUAGAAAAGGUAUUUCCUGUUGUGCAUUUUCACCCAGUGGUUAAAUGUUCUGUCCUUCUGCGUGUGUCAUGUUUUCUGUGUUACUGAUGGUGCAUCAGCAAAUACGUUGGUUAGGGGGAUAAAUGGGGAGUCAAUAUUUCCAGCUCCCAAGCAUAGCUCAAGAUCUGAACUUAUUGUUCCCAUUAGAAGGGGGAAUGGGAUGCCCAUGCUGCAAGUGUGGGCAUUCAUGUCCAGGCCUCUUUGGUCACAGUUCAGGAACAAAGGAAAGUAGUAGCUGUUCUCCUGCAUGGCUAAGUCUGCCCUUGAAAAGUGUCCAGAAUUCUACCUCACAGCCUCUUCUCCCCUAGUAAACUGGACUUUUAAGCUUUACUGCUCUGGAGAUCUAUGGCAAGCAGAGGCUUCAUCUUGGCUCCAGACUAAAUGGGGAAGGUAACUUUUUUCUGCAGUCUCCCUGUUGUCUACAGUGCUGUUAGGUUUACAAAAGUUCUGUGAUGAAAUACUGGCUAAAUGACAGUCUUCUAAUCCCCACUAUUCCUCCUUCCAUGCAACUGCACUGUAAACUACCAUCAUACUUUACUUACUGGAUAGGGAUGGUGUUAGCUGCUUUUAAACCACUUCUAGAGACUUAGUAGAGGCUUCAGAGUUUUAGCACCUUAGUCAGGGCCCCUUGCUGUAUCAUAGCCUCAUGGUGUGAUAGGGUGGGAUUAGCCAGCAAUGCUGUUAUGACAGAGUUCAUCCUGAAUGUCUGGGAGAUAAUGUGUUUGUAAAAUUGCAUGACCGCUGUAAGUCUAUGAAACUACCUUGCUCUUGUCUGUGGCUUCUGGUGGAAAGACCUGAUGCCAGCAUUGUGAAAUGACUGUCAUAGUUCAUACAGUUGAAAGUUUAGAGAUGGUGUAUUAAAAGUUUCUUUAUAAAUGCUAA